GUCGCGUCCAAGGCUCGGACUCAACUCGUCGUCACAGGCAUAGAAACGGAAGAAACAGCGAAAUAAAACCCAAGACAGACUCGUUGAAGAUGAAUAACAGGCAGUAACAGUGACUCAGAGCACACAAAGCGACCGUAGGGAAGGAAGAUGACAGCGUCUGCGAAGGAAAACCCGGAGGAAAUGAUGGGGGGGAGCGAACAGGGAGAGGAGCCAGAGCUGUUCGUGAUGGAGUCGCUUCAGCCGAUGCUGUUUUCCAUCCGCGUCUGUCCCUCCAAGGCCGCGCUGCAGAGGAUCAUUGAGGAUCACGGAGGAGAGUUGACAUCGAAGGUGGGGGGGCCACACACAUUACGCCUCUUGCCCACAGGGGAGAAAAGCUUCUCUGUGACCAGUGACGUGUUCAGCGCCCAGUAUGUGUAUGACUGCGUUAAGGAAAAGAGACUUCUGGAUCCGAGCAAAUACAGAGUGAAUAAGAAGUCGUGCUACACUGAUGACGUCAAAGUCCUGGACAUCAUCCGGGGUGUGCGUUCGUGGGCAGACUGUGUGCGUGUGGAGGUCAAUUUUGCAGACGAAGUGAGUGAUUUCAGCGAUGAUGAAGACUUUAAUGUCUUGAUGCAGAACAAGACGUGGAAGACAGGCAGACGCCCAUACAGCCGCAUAGAGCAGAAAUCUAUCCUAGACUUCAUCAUCAAACACAAACGUUAUGGCGAUGUCAAGGGCAAUGUCCUGUGGAAGGAUAUUGAGAGACGAAAGGUGUGUCCCCUGAGAUCAUGGGAGUCCAUGAAAGAGCAUUAUCGCAAAGUCAUAAUAACUGACCUCGGAACCUACCAGCUCUCAAAGAAAAUAGAAACAAAGCUCUACAAAGGAUAUACUGAUGGUAAAUAUCACGAAGAAAGUUCAGAUGACAGUGGAGGUUCUGAAGAGGAAGAGGAAGAGAAAGCUGACAGCAAAAAAGAAAAAAGAGAAGAGGAAAGUGCAAGCAGAAGCAGUGGCCGGGAGACUCCCAAUGAGAAGCUAAUUUUACCAAAGCUAAGAAAGGAGCUGAGAGAAGAGGCUGGCGCACAGAAGGUGUUGAGAGACCCAGAGGAAGCACAUGGAGAAGAAGAAGAUGAGCAAUCAGAAUUAAGAUUGCAGGAGGAGACAGACAUAGAAGAUGAGGAAGAGGCUGAAGAUAAAGAUCAAGAGAAGGCAGAAGAAAAAGGGGUAAAAGAAGGAGUGGAUGACGGUGCGUAUGCGGAGGUGGAACGUCAGGUAGCCUCGUUUGACGCUGGAGUCGCGAACAGCACACAGGCGUUUGAAAUUGUUCUGGCAGAUGGUGAGUUUGAGAACCCCCCAAAGCGAACGGCUAGCUAUCUGAAAGAACUUGCCGAAGACUGGGAAGAGUCUCGAGGAUCAUUACCCGACAAGUCUCAAAAUGAGGAAGAGACUGAAGCAACAUGUACUGAGAACAAGCAGGAGAAAGGCCGAAGUGGAGGGGCACCCAAUGGAAAUUUGCACAAGAACACACAUGAUGAAUAUAAGGCACAGGAUGGGGAAAGAAUAUUUACUAAAGUUCUUUCUUCCUGUAGCCAUGAUGGACUGACUCAUCAGAUUGUUAAUGCAGAAGUCCAAAGCUCUGAAAGUACAAGUAACCCGGUCAAAACCAAAAAGAAUAAUGACAUGUUCACAGAGAAAGAGGCCGAGGAAAUAGCAAACUACCUCGUAGAGAUGUCAAGCUCAGUUGCAUGGGAGGAGCAGGCUGUUGCAGAAUCGAAGCGUAAUGAAGGUGGAGAUGCUUUGCAGUUGGAUCAAUUACCAAAAGACGGCUUACCUAAGAAUUCUGAAGAAAAUGCCAAAACUCACAAUUCAGGAGGAGAUUCAGGUCGAGAGAAUAAUGGAAAGGGAACUUCCUGUCAUGAUGAUGAUGUGGAACUGGCUGACUCAUCAGCAGAAGAUUCAGUAUUUCAGACUUGCCCCUCAACAACUGAUUCCCAUACAUAUCAAGACGCUGGGAAGGAUACACAUCUGGCUCAAAAGCCCCAAAACUUAGUUGAGGGUAAGGAGAUCACAAAGGUUUUGCUUAGUCCAUUUCUGGCAGAAACGGAGAGCUCUGGAGAAGAAAGUGACCGUUCUACAAUCCUUUUUUCAGAAGGGGAGGCAUAUAGGAGGAGGUCUGUUAGUGAGGAAGAAACAGUCCAAACAGUCAAGAAAAAUAAGAUCAAUGGAACCAAAGGAGACACAAGCAGCUCUGCCUCAGAGAAUAAAAAGAAAAGCAAGAAGGGUCAGUUGCAAGACAAGCAGUUGGGGAGUUCAGGCUCCAGUCCUGUUAGCAAGGAUGUCUCUCAGGAAAAAACAAGGACGAAAAAACCUCGAAAGAGAAGGCCACUUUUAGACGAGAGCACUUCCUCUGAUAGUGAAGUCCUGAUCACCCGGAGCAGGAAGGUCGACAUGGGACAGAUACUUUCAUGUCCUGCAAAGGGACAGAAGACUCGCUCCACAUGUGGUAAAGAGGAAACAGAAGACGAGAACGCAUCGCCACGCACCCCAGACAGACAGCGGCAGAAGGGGAGAAAAGCCGCGGGAGUAAGCUCGAGCCCGGGGAGCACUUCUCCUGCAUCUUUGCCGAGGGUCAAGCACCAGUCCCGAAAGACGAAGGAUGCUAACCACAACGUCGGUGUUGAGAAAGUGGCGAGAAAGAUGAAGAAGGGGGAGAGAAAAGCCGUAUUAGAAGAGGACAACUCGGACAGCGACGUUAAUGACGUUGACAGUCUCGCAACGGAAGAAGAGGAGAGCAGUAGCGGCUUUAGCGGAACUCCAGUGUCUGACCCAUGCUAUAGCAUUGACACCCACACUGGCUACUAUGAUCGAUCCUUCAAUCCAAGCCAAGGACUCGUGCGGAACGUAAGCUCGAAAAGGAGGAAGAUCAACACUGCGAAGGGUAAUGGAGUCAAAAUGCCGUACACACACGAGGAGGACGUCGAGAUCCUGAUGUACAUUGACGACCACCAUUCCCACAGCCAGGUGGGAGGACGCGAGCUCUGGCAGAAAAUGGAAGGGCAAGGCGUCCUGCCCAACCGUAGUUGGCAUAGCCUAAAGGAGAGGUACAGGAAGAGGAUCGUGCCCAACCUCAACAUAUACCAGCGCUACGGCCUCUCCAAGACUAUGCUUCAGCGGUUCAAGAAACAUUCGCAGCCAGCAGACGAUUCACCAAGAGCUAAGGCAAGUGAAAUAUAUAGACAGCCAUACUCACAUGAGGAAGAUCUAUGCAUCUUGAAUUUCAUCAUCAAAAACAAGAGACAUUCGGAGGUGGGGGGUAAGAGCCUGUGGACCCUGAUGGCGUCGUGCGAGGCGGGACUGAAAGGCCGGACGUGGCUCAGCCUCAAGGAGCGGUACCGCAUGAGCAUCGUCAGGCAUCUCCACAGCUUCAACCUCUCGGACGAUGAGAUCCUCAAGUUCAAGAAAAGUGGGAAACGCUCCAAGAACCUAAGGCUCACACAUAAGCAUCCACCAAAUGCCUCGGUUUACAAGUUUGCCAAAGUCAGACUGAGCAGCCAGGCCAAGAAGCGCAGUGAGACAAGUAGUGUAUCGGAGUCAGAGGACACUAGAGAACAAGAGGAGGAGGAGACUAGAGGGGGGAGUGAGAGCAGAACAGAAGGAAAUGUUAGCAGCAAAGGCAGGGGAAAAAGGGGUGGAGAGGAGCGAGCAAGCACCUCUAAUGUACAGGAGGACAUUGAUGACAGUGGUGGCUUCAAACAGCCAAAACGAAGGGGUGUGCUUGCGAGAGUGACUGAGGAGAAGGAAAGGGCCUACUCGCCCGAAAUCCCCUUCUUAGAUGGAAGCGUUUUUGAGAGGAAACGGAAACUGUAUACCGAACCAGAGGGGAAUAAAGUGUUGACUCCACAGGUUAUGAGUAAGAAGGAUGGUGAGGAGAGGUUGGAGGAAGGGAAAAGGAUGAAGAGGAGGAAAUUAAACAAUGUAUCUUUUAGUGAACAGGAAAUAGGAGAAGGAGGAAUAGAAGGAAGUAGAGGAAGUAAGCAGGAAAUGGAAGUGAGCACAGACAUGCAAGUAGAGGACAGUGUGGAAGAUCAUGUAGAGUCUGAUGAUAAACUACCCUUGCUGAUCUACAGGGAUGAAGAGGUGGAGAGUGACGUGGAAAUAACUGCUAAGAUAACAGAAGACCAGGAGACAGUGAAAGAGAAAGUCAAUGAUAGUGUAGAAAUAACAGACAAAGAUAACAUGGAUAUCGAUUCAGCUAGUGAAAGAACGGUAGCACCUCCAGCAGAAGUGAAUUCCAAAGAGGCAAGUGAUUCCGUCAGUCCAGAAAACGACAAGGAGAACAUAUCAAGAACACCCAUUGCUUUCAUCCCAGAAAAUACACAAAGACUGUCACCGAGGAAGAGAAACAGCAUGAAGUUCACCCAGAAGCCAUCCAGCGCCACAUCUCAGAGUGAGAGCAGUGCACCGGACAUCGUGGAUGACACUGAACCUGACAAAGUGGAGAAGCUUGAUAAAAAGAAAAGAAAGAAGGAACGUAAUUCUCUGCCUGCCACGACCAGCUCCCCUGACAAGAGAGUGACACGGCGGUCCUUGGAACUGGAGAAAACCCUUCCAAAACAGAAAUUAAGGAUUCGUCCAUUACACAAGAACAAGUGAACAUUUUAUGUAGGUAAUUUUUUUUUUUUUUUUUUUUUUUUUUUUUUUUUUUUUUUAUAUAUAAAAGGCUUGAGGCUUUGGUUUUAAAAGUUGGAUGAAUAUAGUAAAUAGUAUAAUUUUAUGUCUGAGAUGUAAAAAAAAGGAAAAGAAGUUUUAUGGAAUGGGAAUGAUUGAGACUGAAGGGAUUUUUGGUUCUUUUUAUAUUCUAUUGCUCUUGAUAGGAUUUGUAGUCACUAGACUUAGGUUAGUUUUUUAAGGCUUUACCAUCUAGAAUUCUUGUAUCUAGGUUGAACAAAAGUUUGUAGUUGGUUAUAAAUAUUAUAUGUAUAUUUUCUUACGAAAGUUUUCUUUUUGACAUGCAAGGAGAUAGCUUAUAUAACAAAAAAUGAAUACCCCACUUCAUUUUUUUUUUUUUUUUUUAUGUGCAUACAUUGUGCUGUAUAUGUUGUAUUUUCACAGUGGAUGUUUAAAAUAACAUUUAUGUCAUCCAGAUCUGGUUCUUUUGUAAAGGUUUAGGUAGUGUUCCUUUAGCUGUAUAUAUAUUCUAGGGGAUGAUUUGCAGAACUGGGAAAUACUGCAGGUACUUUUAGACUUUAAAAUUGAUCACUGAUUUUAACCCAUUAAUAAUGGGUGAUUUUUUUUCUCUCUCUCUCUCUCGCUCUCUCUCUUUUCUUUUAUUUUAUUUUCAUUUUUUUUCUGCAAAGUCAGGCAAGACUGAUCAGUACACAUUAUUGAAUGGUUAUUUGUCUUUUUAGUAGGGAUCGUGAGGCCUCAACUUGGCAAUCAACAAUCGACAUGAUGAGACGUUGCCAUGUUGUGAUAGCACUUCACCUGUCACCUAUUAGUUAGAUUUACAUACCAAGAAGCGCCAGUUGCUGUACCCUCGUAGCCCUAUUGGUACUGGUUCCAGAAAGUAAAAGGGAAAAUGCAUAAGAAGUAACAAAUUACUGACAGUUAUGUUUAUCUAUAUCUGCUGCUGAUUUCUUGGAUAAUUACUACUGUUAGUUAUUUGAGCUUUUCCUAGCAGUUACAUACUUCGGUCUUAUUGGUUAUAUAAAUUUAAUAAUGUUUGAUACAAUCUAAGUGUAAAAGUAUGGACAUUACUUCCCAAUUUAUUUUUUAUUUUACUUUUUUUUUGUAACUGUUUUAUAAUUCCUCUGCUGUCUUCCUCACUUCUUCAGCAAGUCAUACUCUUUUGUAUUUUCUAUUUCUAUUUUUAUCUUUUACAUUUAUUAGUAUAAAAAAGGAGAGAAAAAUCAUAUAUACUGUCUUGUUAGUCUGUAGAAGGGACAGUUUCUUGCUGUUGCUUACAAAGUAAAUAUCUAUUGUUGUAUUAAAAUCAGCACUCUGUUUUGGGGUUAAUCUCAACAGUACAAAAUAUACAAAGCGUAAUUAUACAAAACAUGUGAUAUUGAGGGGAAAAGUGAACACGUACCUUUUCAUGUGCUGUGAAGCCCCGAAAAUUCUAUUUCGCUGAUUUUCCUCACUAAGUUGUCAACUUUUUGUUUAUUACAGAAAUGUCAUUUUAGAUGUAAAACCUAUUUCUUGUACUUGGUAUUGAUAUUGAUAUUAGUCAAGACUCCAAAAGCUUAUAUGAUUACCCCAUUUAAGAAUGAAUAAUAAUGGAAAAAAAUAUAUAGUGCCAUUAAUUUUUUUUUUUUUUUUUUUUUUUUUAAUAUAUAUAUGUAUUCAGGAAAAUCAUUUAUUAGGAAAUUUACCACAACCAUGAAAUGUAAGGCAAUUAUAAGUAUAUAGAGGAAUCAGGAUAUGUUACCAUUUCACGCAUGAUGGCAAAUUUAUGUUGUGUAGGGGUUACCGUAAAGAGCAUGUUUUAGAGAAUGUAUUUUAACUGUUAAAAGCAGCAGAAUAUGUUUUAUUUGUGACCAAUGUUUUCUCAAUUUCACUUGCUUCUUUUAAUUUGGUUUGUGUGGUAGCACAUAUGAUUAUGUGAAAUUGAGAUCUGCUAUGAGAAAAAUUUGUUUUUAAUAUAUGGGGCAUGUCUGCAGACAUGUGGUCGACUGACUUCGGGCUUUAUUCACCCUGUUCUGCCCUGCCACCUGCUCUCCAUUUGUGUCAGAGAACGGGCUUUAUUCACCCUGUUCUGCCCUGCCACCUGCUCUCCAUUUGUGUCAGAGAACUCGACACACACCUUAGUCUUGAAUUGGAAGUGCAUGUAUUUCAACCAUGCCUGGUUUAGAUCAGCACAGGGUGGGGCAAGCUGCAUAGAGUCUGGCGUAUACACAUUUAGUGUUUACUGGAUUUGAAGAUUAGCCGAGAAAUAUUCUUGUGGGUGAAUUUGUACUUAUAUUUCUGUACUUUCAUAUAUAUUUUUUUAUUAUUAUUUUUAUUUAUUUUAUUAUUAUUAUUAUUAUUAUUUUUAUUUUUUUUUUUUUUUUCAAAUUGAGCAGGAAUUAUAGCCUUCCAGGGUCAGAAUACUAUUUUUUUGAAACUUCAUAUUUACACCUAUGGGUUAAUGGCUAUAACAGAUAAUGUGCGAGACAUCAAAGGUCAUGUAACACUAUGAUAAAGUCUUAUGGUGAAAAGGAUAAAAAGGAGUUAACACAUAGGAUAAGUGGACAGAAGGAGAUGAAGAAGAGAAAAGAAAAGGAAAGGGGGAGAAGAAAAGACCACGUGAAGUGAGUGGAGCCGAGGUCUGAGGUCCAAGGCAGGGCUGAUCCCUAACAUUAGGCCUCAGUCUCUGUCUCCUAAGUCCCCCAGGACAAGACGUACGGUAUUGGGGGGGGAGGGGAUAUUUACACAUGUAUUUUAUUGUUUUCGUUGUCAUUAUUGAAGACAAACAGGAUGUGGCUACGCCUUAAGUUAGGUUUUCCUGAAAGAAUUUGUAAAGCAGUUUAUUCCACAGGAGUAGCCUUUGAAUUGAACGAGUUUCUAAAGUGAGCGAUGUUUAUAUGACUUUGAAUUGCAAAUUCUGGCCGCAUGUUCAAAUUUUGGAACUAAUUUUUAUUCACCUAUUACAGCUUGUGAAGUGUGUUUACGUAUAUAAUUGAAUUUGUUCCUUAAUGAAUGAAGAUGCAAUGUGAUCGUGUAAUCAUAUUGUUAGUUAUGUACAUUUUGCAGGAUUACAAUGUUGGAGAGAUCUGUAAUAACAUUAAAAUCAUAUAUAUAUCUUCUUUUUUAAUCUUGUAUUUGAUUCAACAUUUAUGAAUAUUAUUGCUACUAGAAUAUUUUGUGUGUUGUAUACACUCUUCUGUACUUUCCACUUCAGUAAUGCCAGUGGAGCUUCUCAGUUAUAAGAGCGCUUUGGUUAAAAGAAAAGAAAAAUAUAUUUUUGAGGUACUACUGCUGUAUGACAUGUGUAACGAGUCAUCCAAUUAAAUGUUGUUUUAUGGGGUUACAUGGUAGUGUUAAAUCAUUACUUGUCCUUAGCGAGAAAUAACACCAAAGAUGUGUUAAAAACAUUAGAGAAAAAAAAUGGUCUCCCUAAGGGUAAAGGAAGGACUACACUGAAUAAUUCAUCAUGUAUUUUACAAUUAUGAACAAGACUAAAACACCAAUACCAUUUUACAAAAUAUAUUCUUCAAAUUAGCAACUUGCCAGAACUGGAAUGUUGUGCAUUGUGUUACCUCCUAUCAAGCUGUCUUUUACAUUUAAACAGACUCACAGUGUGUAGUAAUUGCUUACAUACAGAUGUUAGAGAGACUGACAACAGGCUGUUGAUGAGGAGAUAACCUUUAACAAAUGCUGUUUAUGAAGCACCAUUUAAAAUUAUAUGUAUAUACAUCAAUAUUAACAAAUGGACAUGACCGAGAGUCAAGAAGGGAUACAGGUUUAGAAUUUUCAGGCAUAAGAAUGAAUGUUUAUAAAAAAAAAAAAUAGAA